AUGGCUUCCUCUGGGGGGAAGUCGGGUGUGAGUUUUGCUGUAGCAAACGAUGAUGCUCCGUCGCCUUCAGCAGCAGCAGCAACAACAACAGCAGCAGCUGCUGCUGCAGCAACUACAGCAGCAGCAGCAGCAGAAGAAGAAGAGCCGCAGCAAGGGCAGCAAGUUGUAGGAGUGAAGAUGUUAUGCGAAGGGGUGGUAGAGUUACAUCCGAAGCGGCCUACUGUGGGGUUUCCUGGUGCAGCAGCAGCAGCAGCAGCAGAAGCAGCAGCAGCAGCAGAAGCAGCAGCAGCUGUUGCUGCUAUUACCCCUGCUGACUUCCCUUUUGUGAAGCACCUUGAUCUCAGCAACCGCAAUUUAAUUAAAUUAAAUAAUUUAGAGACAUUUACCGGGCUUGAAGUGCUGCGAGCAACGAGCAAUUUGCUGCAGAGUGUAGGAGACAGUUUAUUAAGCUUGAAGAAGCUGAGGAGUUUAGAUUUAUCUUUUAACAAGUUAUCAGAAGUAGUAGGGCUCCAAGAGCUGCCGUGCUUAUCUGUGCUGUCUCUGAGCAGCAAUUUGCUGCAGCAUCUGAGAUGCAGGCUCUUAUCUCUGCUCCCGCGUCUUAAAUACUUAAACUUUGUUCUUCUGUCUCCUAAAGAAAUAGCUGAUGCCCCUGAAGGCCUCCUCCCAGAGCAUCAUCAGCAGCAACUUGAAAUGCAACAGCAGCACCUACUCCUGCAGCAACAGCAGCAACAGCAGCAGCAGCAGCAGCAGCAGCAGCAUGAACAACAACAACAACAGCAGCAGCAGCAUGAACAACAACAGCAACAGCAGCAGCAGCAACAACAGCAGCAGCAGGAGCAACAGCAACAACAGCAACAGCAGCAGCAGCAGCAGCAGCAGCAGCAAGGAGAAACUCCUGUUGAAGCAUGGUUUAGUCUACCUCCUAAUCUCGUUAGACAUUGUCUAGGAAAGGAGACAGCAGAAUUAAAUUACCUCAGCUGUCUCCAACCGCAGAGAGAAGCACUAGUGCAAACACUCUCUCCUCUUGUAGCUGCCACCAGAAAGGCAUUAGAAGAAAGGGCGCAGCACCUGCAGCACAGAAUGCUCUCCUUCAAGGCUGCAGCAACUGAGCUCGAAGAAGCAGCAGAAAAGGCGGCAGUUGCAGAGAUCCGCAAGAUGGAAGCCAGCCGAAAGGGUUUGCUGCAGCAACUCGCAGAGCUGCAAGCAGAGUUAAGUGCAGUUGCUUCAGAAGAAAAACAAGUAGAGGCCCAAACAGAUGAUGCAGCUUCUGUUUCAUCUCAGAGCAGCGGGACGUCUGCUGCUGCUGCUGCUGUUGCUGCUGCUGUUGCUGCUAUUGAAGGACGUUGGGAUUUGUUAGAGAGCAGCUGGCAGCAAGAGCAGCAGCAGCGUUUGCUGCUGCUGCUGCAGCAGGAGGAGACGCUUGCAGAGGCCCUGACUGCAGCAGCAGCAGCACUGGAAGCAGAUGCAGAUGCAGCAGCAAAGUUUGCUUCUGAUAGAGCAGGAGACCUCUUUAGACAGAUAGAAACUCAGAUUAAACUAGCAGCUAGCCAGCUAGCUGCUGCAGCUAGCCAAGAAAUAGCAGCAUACCUAGCUAGCGAAGCAGUAGAAGAUUCAGAUCCUAAGGCUCACUUCUUCGCCAGAAGGGAUGAGGUCCUGGCUGCUGUUGCUGCUCUAGGCGAGCAGCAGCAGCAGAUAGUGGGAGCUACAGAAGACGCGCUGCAGCAGCAGCUGCAGCAGCAGCAGCGGAGAUGGUUUGCUGCAGAAGAGGAGCGGCAGCACCAAAGACAUGCUAAGAGAAUAACAGAGCUGCAUGCGCUUACGCAAUCGCUGCAGCAGCAAGUAGCAGCAGCAGCAGCAAAGCUCAAAGCAGCAAUAGCAGCAACUCGCUGA